AUGGUAGCCGAAUCUGAGCUUCGAACGGUCCAUACAGAAGGGGCCGCCUUCCAGGAUGAUAAAGAAGGCUCAGAGACAUUGGAAGCAUGUCGAGUCUCCAAGGAUUGGGACCCUCCCUCAAGCCCGGAUGAGUGUCCCGAAGGUGGUCUGGCAGCUUGGGCCACUGCUUUUGGAGCGUUUCUUGUACAGUUUUGUGGGUUUGGGUAUACCGAUUCAUUUGGUGUCUAUCAAGACUUUUAUACCCAACAUUACCUGACAAAUGAGACAGUCGUCUGCUAUAUCCCUUGCAGAUGGAUCGGGAGCACGAGCGCGUUUUUAAUAAUUUCUUUGGGCCUCGUGUCAGGUUUGCUGUACGACCGAGGAUAUUUUUACCAUCUCAUGAUUGCCGGAUCGUUUUUGCAGAGUUUCUGUCUAUUUAUGUUGUCUUUAUCGAAACCCGAUCAGUACUACCAGAUAUUUCUCUCUCAAGGUUUAGGCUUGGGUAUCGCAUCAGGGCUCAUGUAUAUCCCUAGCAUAGCUGUGAUCUCGCAUCAUUUCCGACGGAGGCGCACACUGGUUAUGACGUUCGUCGCUACGGGCUCAUCGCUAGGCGCUAUCAUCCAUCCAAUCAUGCUCAAUAACCUCCUCAACGGCCCUCUUGGCUUCGCCCAUGGCGUCCGUGCAAGCGCAGGGUUGAUCAGCUCAUUUCUCUUAACUGCAUGUCUGUGCAUGCGAACUCGCCUUGAUCCGCCGGCGACACCAGUGAAUUAUAUUGUGGUAUCUAGAACAUGUAUUCACGACGUACCAUUUAUUCUCCUGAUAGUAGGAUUGGCGUCUUCUACCCAUUAUUCUUCUUUCAACUUCGACUCUAUCAAGCACGACAUCAGCGUUAACUUCUCGUUUUACUCUGUGGUGAUUCUAAAUGGGUCCAAUUUUAUAGGGCGACUCACGUCGGGGUUCAUUGAGGCAUUCACGGUGUCGUCGAUUUCGUGCGGUGUGCUCAUUUUAGGCAUGAUUGGGAUGGGUAGCUUGGCUAGCGUCGUUGUGCUUGGUGUGCUUUAUGGCUAUUUUGCAGGGCUGAACAUUGCGAUGAUGGCUCCACUCAUUGCUACUUUAACGCCCGACCUCUCUGAGCUUGGCGCGCGGAUGGGCAUCUGUGUCUUUAUUCUUGGAUUCGGAGGUUUGAUUGGAACACCCAUAUCCGGCGCUCUGCUAACAUCUAGUUAUACCUGGUGGAUACCGGGUCUGUUCUCUGGGGUGAGUCGACCGUCACUAUUAUUUUUUCUCCAGAAUUCACGUCGAGUCAAAUCAAAUCAACCUACAUAA